UACAAGGAGCAACAUGGCUGUCCCGUUGUAUCUUAUCAAAUAUUAUCUACACAAACAUUCCAAAUUUGCGUCAUUCCUGGCAUGUCUACUUCUGGCAACAAUAAUAUUUUACAGGUUUAUACUUGUAACCUUGUUGCUGUGGUCCUUUGUGCUGGGAGUUAGUGUCUCAUACUGUUUUCUAAGCCGAGACUUUCUGCUUCCAAGUUUGUUGCCAUUGUUCAAUCUGAGGAGACACAGAAAACAUGGAGAAGAAGUUGAUGAUGAGUUCACUUUAAUGAAGACAGUAUGUACAGUGUGCGGACAGAGAAAAUGUCCCAGACAUAGACCAGAAUUAAACAUACUAGCAUUUCAACCAUGGACCAGUCUGGAGAUAAGACAGUCAGUGGAUGUUGCCUUUGAAGAGUUCCUAAACAUUGUCUUGAAUGAAUUUGUCUAUACUUGGUAUAAGGAUGUAAGUACAGAUGAAGAGUUUGUGGAUGAAUUGAGAACAUCUAUCCGAUUUCUGUUCUCAGUAUUAUUGAGGAGAGCUAAAAAAGUCAAUGUACCUAAAAUGAUAACUGAGAGACUUAUAAAGGCAGGACUUCAACAUCUACAUGCCUAUAUGCAGGCAAGAGCUACAGCUGGAGAUAAUGUUGACUUGCAAGAAGCCACUCUGCAAUUCCUGGGUCCAAAUCUACAUUAUGCGAUGCAGAGUCGUAAGGCAGAGCAGGAGUAUAUUCGUAGAUUAGUGGAGCAAAUGUUUCCCUACGUUUUGAGACCUCAGGCUUUACAGUCUAAGGCAACAUGUGCAUUACUACGAGAGAUACUAGCAGCCUCUGUUAUCAUGCCAGCUAUGGAUGCUGUCGCUAAUCCGGAUAUGGUUAACAACAUUAUACUGGUUUUUCUAGAUGAUACUCCGCCGCCUCCACCACCAGAAACGCCAUCGCCUAUGGUAUCAUUCCUGGCAAAUUUCAAUAAUCAGACACGUGGUUCACUCAGUGAUCCAGAACAAACAACUAAAGUCAGCAAGUCAACAUUACGAUUAGUGUUGUGUGAUGUUAUGGAUCCGGAAAAACCAGAAAUGCUGUAUCCAUUUAUGCAAUUCCUGAAGAGCGAAGCAGCCGUUAAUGUUCUACAGUUUGCACUGGCCUGUGAGGAUUUUAAUAAGAAGAUAUUGGACCCAGACUUAAGUACUCAAGAUUUGUCAAAACUUCAUGAAGAUCUGAAGGAAUUACACAGGAACUAUUUCUCACCAAAGUCACCUGAUAGGAUCAACUUUGAGGAAAAUAUUGUCUCAGAAGUGCAAGAGAUUAUAGAUGGUACACAUUUUGAUGUAUUAAAGCUGCGUACGUCCACUCCAAUGUUCAGAGCAUAUGAACAUGUCUACAAUCUACUCAAUAAAACAUUCCUGCCAUUGUUCCAUCAGAGUGAAGAGUAUUACACAAUGAUAUGUGGAGAGAGACUGGCAUCUCAGGUGCAUAACAGAUAUGUAGCAAAACAACCAAAUAAGAAGAAUUCAGGCAUUGCAAGUUUUGGAUCAAAGAUCAAGGAAGUGUUCAAACCAGCAGACACAAGGUCAAUAUCAUCCCUGGAUCUUCUUGAUAUUGAGAACACAGAUGAUGCUGAUACUGUUACAGUUGCUUCAGCAAGUUCGUUGGAAGAUGAGGCCCAGUUUGAGGACCUUGAGCAUACCAUUGAACAGUUCACACCGCAUGACCUGAGUACAUGGAGGGUCACAAUACCAAGGUUAGGGGCCAGAUCUGACCCGGAGAAUCCUAAGAAACAGUUCUUUGUAUUUAUUGUAGAAAUAAGGAGAGUUGAAUACGAAAAUGAAGGACGAUCCAGUUGGACUGUUGCCAGGAAGUACACAGAAUUUUAUACUCUCGAACAAAAACUGAAGGAGUUCCAUGGUUCCGAACUUGAUGAUUGUGUACUUCCUCCUAAAAAGAUAAUGGGAACUAAGAAUCAGGAGUUUAUUGAAGGGAAAAGAGAAUUAUUCGAAUCCUACCUAGAAAAAUUGUUAACAAAACCUGUGUUGAAGGGCAGUCAGCUACUAUUUAACUUUUUCACUGCUGAAACAGCCUUUGAUUUUGGACUAGAUAUCAACAUAGGCCGUGUUCUGAAAUCGGGUGCCAGAAAAUUAGUGAAAGAGAAAGGGCAGCACCUGGAGUCGUUCCUGGUCGGAUUUGAGAAAAGUACAGAGCCUCCUAAACCACGACCUGGCAAACAAGAAAGAAGAGAUUCUGAUGCCUCUCUGUUGUCAACAUCAAGUUUGAAGUUAUGUCAGACGAUGUACGAGAACAAUGCCAAUGGUAUAGACAGGAGAGACCAUGUGGAUGGAGACCUGUUUGUUGAAAUGUCAGAUGUGGAAGGAAUAUAUGACUCAUUAAUUUAUAUAGCGAGAUUUGUUUACCAUGUAACAGACUGGUGUCACCAUCUACUUUACACAGCUCGAAUGUUUGUAAAAUCAACAUUAGAAGCAUAUUUAGACUGGUACACAGACUACAAAGUUCACAUGGUCACCCAGGAGCAUAGACUGGUCUCACUUAUUCACCUGCUUAGAGAUGUGCUUUUCUUUGACAACGAUCCACCAAGGACAGAUGAUGACAAAAGAAAACGUUAUGAAGAAGCAGUGUCUGGAUGCCUUGAUUUUCUACCGAAACCAGCUGUUUGGGCAAUAGGGGAGAAAGAACAUAGAGAAGGAACUCUGAUGAUUCUACAUGCAUUGCAACAACCUAAACUCAACAAACAGUUGAGUUACGUUUUCCUGGAUAUAUUUAUAACAGAACUGUUCCCAGAGUUAAUGAGAUGAUCGCAGAUAGCAACAGUUAAAUGUGGACCAAUGCCUUGGUCUCAAGAUUAUUGUUCCAACCAGCUCCAAGGUUUUAUAACAGUAGUAUGGAGACCAGCGUCAUAGCACAACUUUUCCUCUGGACACCUUUAGGAUUGUGUUCAAAAACAACCAAUCAGAUGCAUGAGUUCAUAGACUGGUUACUCAGUUUUAUAACUUAGGGCCAAGGACAUGUAAACUAGAAGCAAGAAGCAGAUGGAAAUAUUUCUUCAGUGCAUUAUGUUUUUUUAAUGUGAUCUUUUCCUCAGCAAACCUCCCAAAAUACUCACAAUGGACAGGAGUAUCAAAUGGCGCACUGCUGAGAUUUAUUAUAGAAAACAUUGUCUGUACCCACAAACCUUGGAGUUGCUCACAUAGUAGGUAAUUUCUGGUAUUAUUUGUAACAAUGGUACUUGAUUCAUACAGGAAGACAUAUUUUGUGGAAUUUUGUUGAUUAUUACUAUGUUGUUUUUUAUUAAGCUUUUGAAUAUUGGUGUGGAGUCUGUUAUUGCCUUGGAUAAACUUAUUUAUUUCAUUUAUGUAUUUUAUAAUAUAACAGUGUUUUCUUCUGAAGAAAUUGAAGUAUGGAUGUUUUACCUUUUAGAACUAUUUUACAUAUUUUGCAACAAUUUUCAUUAUUUUUGAUACAGAAGAAUUCCAAAGCAGGCUAUGAGUAUAUGCUCUCUCGCAAGAAAAUUGCCGAAAGGCAUUUUGGUUACACUAACUUAAUUACAGCUUGGUAUGUAGUAUUUGAAAUGUUCUGUUAAUUGUGAACUUAUUUGGCUUCUACAGUGAAAUAAUUUCAUUCAGUCUAAAUUCAUGAUAAUGAUUAUACAUGUUGACAGGAUUCAGAAUGUUUGUUUUGUCGCUAGACGUCAUGAAAUUAUUUUGAAAUUAAUAUUAUACCCAGCAAGGUUGCAAUCUUUUACAUUUUUAGCUCACCUGUCACAUAGUGACAAGGUGAGCUUUUGUGAUCACUCUUUGUCCUUUGUCCGUCGUCAGUCCGUCCGAGCUCACAUUUGCAUACUUAGGUGGCUAUAGGAACAAUAGGUAACUGUACUUUUUCUUUGAUGUCAUUCAUUCCAUAAGGCUUUUAUGUGGCUAUUUUUCUCUUACUUGGCUAAAAGAACAAUAGAGAGAACAAAAGAGUAGCCACAUAAGUAUCCAUAUGUAGGAACUUCCAUGCGUCUGUCCGUCCGUCAACAAGUUCUUGUCUGCACGAUAGUGGUUUCAUUUAUGAUUUUAUUUUAACCAAACUUGCACACAACUUGUAUCACCAUAAGAUCUCGAUUCCUUUCAUGAACUGGCCAGAUUCCAUUAUGGGUUCCAGAGUUAUGGCCCCUGAAAUGGCCAAAAUUAGCUAUUUUGACCUUUUCUGCACAAUAGCAGCUUUAUUUAUGAUUUGAUUUUUACCAAACUUACACACAACUUGUAUCACCAUAAGAUCUUGAUUCCUUUCUUGUACUUGCCAGAUUCCUUUAUGGGUUCCAGAGUUAUGGCCCCUGAAAGGGCCAGAAUUAGCUAUUUUGACCUUGUCUGCACAAUAGCAGCUUCAUUUAUGAUUUUAUUUUUAUCAAACUUGCACACAACUUGUAUCACCAUAAGAUCUCGGUUCCUUUCUUGAACUGGCCAGAUUCCUUUUUGGAUUCCAGAGUGAUGGCCCCUGAAAGGGCCAGAAUUAGCUAUUUUGACCUUGUCUGCACAAUAGCAGCUUCAUUUAUGAUUUUAAUUUAAUCAGACUUGCACAAAACUUGUGUCACCAUAAGAUCUCGGUUCCUUUCUUGAACCGGCCAGAUCUCAUAAUGGGUUCCAGAGUUAUGGCAUCUGAAAGUGCCAAAAAUAGCUAUUUUGACCUUGUCUGCACAAAAGUAGCUUCAUUUAUGAUUUGAUUUAAACCAAACUUGCACACAACUUGUAUCACCACAAGAUCUUGGUUCUUUCUUGAACCGGCCAGAUUCCAUCAUGGAUUCCAGAGUUAUGGCCCCUUAAAGGUCCAAAAUUUGCUAUUUUGGGUUUUGCAGCCAUAUAGAGACUUCAUUUAUGGUUUGAUUUGAUACAAACUUCCAAAAUAUCUUCAACAACAAUAAAUCUUGGAUUCCAUGACAAAUCUGUCAGAUCCAAUCGUGGUUCCAGAGUUAUUUUAUAUCUGAUUACCUCCCCUGAUUGUAAUCAAAAUGGAUUUAUAUCAGAAAGUACUUAUAGGACUUAUUUGAAAUUUCAUUAUUGUCAUUAGUUGGACUGAGACAAUCAGGGUAGAUAACUAUGGACUGAUUUUAUAUCAAAUUACCUCCCUUUAUUUCAAAUUAAAAUGGGUAUAUCUCCGUAACCAAUGAAGAUACUGAUCUGAAAUUUCAUUUAUAUCAACAGAUGGACUUGGACAAUCAGUGAACAUACAUAUUGACUGAAUUUUUGACAAAUUAUCUCCCUUUAUUUUUUAUCUAAAUGAAUACACCUUAGCAGCUUCUAAUGAGAUUGGUUUGAAACAUUAUUUAUGUCUUCAGUGGUAAGAAAUAGUCAUAUUAGAUAACUCAUGAUUGAACAUUUAUCGAUAUGAAUACUUUACUAAUAUAUAGAGGAUAUUACACGAGUGUCUUUUCAUACUGAAUUUAUUAAACGAGUUGAAUAAAAUAAUAAAAUGCAAGGCUCUGCCGAGCAUUUUAUCAAUUUUAUUCAACGAGUUUAAUAAAUUCAAUUUGGAAAGUCACAAAUGUAAUAUUCUUUUUAUCACAUGAUAGCCUUUCCGGUAGAAACAUAAAAAAAUCUACUUUCUUUUGCUAUAUAAACAAGACAAUUUGACCAACGUCUCCUAUACUAUAAACAACGUUGACGUCAAAGCUUUAUUACACUAGUGUAUUAUCAUUUUUAUUUAAUGGCUUUAUUACACUCCCACGACGUCAAACAUGUGAUAAAUUGUUGUAUAGGCUUGUACUCUGUAUCUUUAUAAGCAUAUACCAAUGCAUGAUUACCUCCCCUGAUUUUGAUAAAAAUGGACUUAUCUCGUUAAAUAUUUAUAGAACUCAUUUGAAAUUUCAUUAUUGUCUUAAGUUGGACUGAGACAAUCAGUGUAGGUAGCUAUGGACAGAUUUUAUGUCAAAUUACCUCCCUUUGUUUCAAAUUAAAUUGGGUGUAUCUCAGUAACAAAUGUAGAUACUGAUUUGAAAUGUCAUUUGUGCCAUCAGAUGGACUCGGACAAUCAGUGUAGAUAACUUUGACCGAAUUUAUGACAAAUUACCUCCCUUUAUUUUAUGUAAACGAAUAUAUCUCAGCAGCAUCUAAAUUUCGAGGGCUCAACACGAAACUAGUCUAAGCGUAUAUAGAAAUAGAAGCAGAUAGACUAGUUUCGCGUUGAGCCCUCGUAAUGAGCUUGGUUUUGAAUGUUAUUUAAGUCUUCCAGGGUAAUGAAUAGUCAUGUUAGUACAAAAAUGCAGCAUUUGAGCCUAGGACCCUCAAACUUGGUAUGGAAAUUGGCCCUGACUAGGUCAGAAGGGACUGUUACACUGAUAUUUAAUGUGUAUGCCUAUGCGCUCAAUGUCAAAACUUGAUCAUAUCAUUUUGAGCAAUAGUACUCAGGUGAGCGAUACAGGGCCAUCAUGGCCCUCUUGUAUUCUGUGUCAGAAAACAGGUCAAUUUGCGAGAAAGUUCAUUAAAAGCUAUUUUGUAAGAGUUUAAUAAGUAUAUAUUUACAUUUGUUAUCCUUAUGGAAUAAUUUGUAGAGUGUCUCCAACUUUCUAAGAAUUUUAUUGUAUUAAAGGGAAAGGCAGUGUUGUUCUCAUGUAAUUCCACCUGCUAGGCUUUCCUGAUUUAUUUAAAGAAGUGGAAGAAUUUUCAAAAUCGGUUUAAAAAUUAGAAAGUUAUGAAUAUUUCAAUAUUUUAUCAAAAUGGUGGCCAUUUUGUUUCAUAUAUAUAUAUAUAUAUAUAUAUAUAUAGAAAGAAAUGAUUUUACAGAAAUAACAGAAUAUAUAUAUAUUGAACUGUAUUCUGUUAUUUCUAUAAAAUCAUUUCUCUUUUCAGUUAUAAGGAAAGAAAUUACAAAAAUACCAUGUUUUACAUCUUACACUCAAGUAUUGGAAAGUAAUCUAUUUCAAUGGUUAUUUGCUAAAUAGAGAAUUCAGCAGUGUGUAAAUGACAUCAUAAGCACACUUAAAUGGCUGCCACCAUGAUCUGCCAUUUUCUUAAAUUUCAGACUGCAAUAUCUUUUUCAAUAGUGGUCCGAUUUUUAAAAUUCUUUCACUGUUCUGAAAGGCUUGAGGAUGUUUACAUAUAAUAUUAACAAAUUGUAAGGUAUACUUUGUCCUUUAAGUAUAACUUUUAUUCAAUAUUUACUGUCUUUCAAGUAAAAUCAUAAACCUUCCUUUCGUGAUGUUUGUUGAAUUUUCUAUAACUUGACUUGUCAAAAAAGACGUUUAACUUAGUAAAAAAAAUACCCACUUUCACUUGUAUAUUCCAGGUGAAAUUCUGCCUUUACUUGGAAGCACCAACUUCUAAGUGCAUAAUUACAUUCAGCCACAGUAUACCAACAUAUGUAAAAUCCUUUGUCAAAUGCUUUUUGAAUUUUUAUUAGGAAAAUAUAAGAUGAGAAAGGUUGUCAGGGUUGUAAAAUUGAGUUUAAAAACCUGUCUCGGCCUUGCUAUUUGUCAGUGUGAAGAUUACACCUUAAAUCAACCAAUCAGGUGCUUCAGCUUUUAAACUGGCCUCCGAACUCAGUUUUAUAUUCCUGUCUUGUUUUACCUUUGAGGAUUGAUGUUGGUAAAAGACGGCUUAUAUAUAUGACAUUAAAUUGUACUGUAUAUUGACAAUGUAUAUGUUUUGAGACAGUGUUUGUGCAAUAUGUUUUUGUUAUGUUAACUGUGAUAUUUAAGAAAAAUGAAAUUUAAUCAUUUACAUGGAUUUCUAUCAAUCAUAAUGUUAUUUUGGAAAAUUCAAAUAAAAGUGCAAUAUU